CCAUUAAUUGCAUUGCAUUCCCCUGAUUUCUGUCCUCUCCACCAUGUCUCCAGCCAAACAAAUUUCCAGAGAGGUGUUCCCCUUUCUCCGGGUCUACACUGAUGGAACUGUCGAGAGAUACGCCGGAACCGAAUCCAUUCCCGCCGGGUUCGACUCCGAAACCGGCGUCUUGUCCAAGGACAUCAUGAUCUCAUCAUCACCGCCAGCCAAACUGUCGGCCCGUAUCUACCUCCCCAAGUUCGUACCCGAAGGUCGCAAGCUCCCGGUCGUGGUGUCUUACCACGGCGGAGCCUUCAUCGUGGCGUCGCCGGCUUUUCCCAUGUACCACCACUGUCUCAACCGCCUGGUCCGGGAAGCCAACGUUGUUGCCGUCUCCGUCGACUACAGGUUGGCUCCGGAGAACCCGCUACCCGCUGCGUACGAGGAUUCCUGGGCCGCCCUCGAAUGGCUCGCCGGCGGCAAACCUCACGAGCCGUGGCUCCGGGAGUACGCGGACUUCGAGAAAGUAUUCCUUGCCGGCGACAGCGCCGGCGCAAACAUAAUCCACCACUUGGCACUUCGACGACGCCGGAGCAAUUUGGCGGUGGAAAUCCAGGGGCUGGUUAUGAUCCACCCGCACUUCUGGGGGAAAGACCCAAUCGGGUUGGAGAAAGCAGACAGUACGAGGAAGGCCAUGGUGGACAAUUGGUGGACGUUCGUCUGCCCCUCGAAGGAAGGCUGCCACGACCCUUAUAUCAAUCCGUUUGCGGGCGGAGCCCCGACGAGUGUGGAGGAGCUGGGAUGCUGGCGAGUGGUGAUUUUCGUGGCGUAGAGCGACAUUCUGUGCGGCAUAGGGAAGGCUUACUAUCGUAGUUUAUUGAAAAGUGAGGGGCAUAAUUGUAAAUCGAGGGUUGAGCUCCGGGAAACGAAAGGAGAGGAUCAUAUUUUCUUUCUUUAUGAUUCGGAUUGUGAAGCUGCUGCGGAAUUGUUUGAAAAUUGGGCUUUCUUCAUCAACCGCGAAUAAUGGAAUUGUGGUGUU